CCACGCCGAUCCAGCGCAACCCUCAGGCGCAUGCGCGGAGUCCCGAAUCCGGGCCGCCCGUUCGGAGGUGCCCUUCCUCGUCCCGUCUGCCCUCGACCACGCAUGCGGCCCACGUGUCGCAGGGGAUGGCGUCAUCGCGCCGCGCGGCGAGUUUCCCCCGCGUUGCUAAGCAACCGAGGCUGGCCUAACCUGAAAAAGGAGGCCCGAGAUCCCUUGAGCGACCCCCGCGGGCCUAAAACGGCGAGGGGUCCGAGGGGAGCGAACGACUUUUUAAUUGGAAGAAAGGACGAGGUUUCUGCAUUCAUGGAGAAAAAUCUUACCUUGAUGACGAAGGGGAUCAGAGAGUUGAGGAAGACGAGUUCUCCCCAACAGCCCCUUGUGUGGAAUCAUCCAGACAGCAACAAAAUUCAUCCCAGUAAAGCAUUUCAUGCCGUCAAGCGUUAUUAUGAGAAACAGGGCAAGGCGCAAAGGAAGAUCUCCAAUACAUUCAAUGAUUUUUCUGACUCCUCGUUGCUGCAAAAAUGCUUCUUGAAACGGCCCGGAUGUCCUCAGUAUUGCAACCAGGCGACGUCAGCAGUCCUUCUCGAAAGCAGCACUUCAAGAUCUGGGGAUCUCCCUGUCAACCUCAGCACCAUGAGCCUCACUUCCCAGAUCUCCCUCAACGACUGGAAUUCCCUGGUCCAAAAUCCCGAAAUUUGGGACUCGAGGAGCCGCAUCAGAUCCUCCCUCAAAACAGAAGAGGUUUAUAGCAGUAAUGGCACUUUGGUCAACCUUGAUCUGAGCCUCAGUAAGAUGGGAGAGGAAGUUGCCCGCUUGGCUCCUUUUGAAGGCGAGUGUAUCCGGAAGGAGGCAGUGAUCGCCGUUCUGCGGGAAGAGGUCCAGGCCAUGCAGAAACAGCUGGAGCAGCUCCAGAAAUGGCAGGCCACUAUUUUAGAGAGAAUUUCAGAGGAGAAGCGUGGCAAAGUGGAGGCUUGGUCCGAAUGGGAACUCAUCCAGCCGCCUACGCUUGGCACCUGGCCCUCCAUUGUGCUGGACGAGAAGAGCAUCCCCUCGGUCUACGUGGACCAGGUCGACCGGUCAGAAGACUCCAGCCAGGAGUUUGAGCGCCUGAAAGAGCUGCUGAGCCGGUCGGAGGAGAUGUUGGAUUCGAAAGCGCUGUUUGUGAAGAAAGAACUCUUAAAAGACCAGGUGGAACUUGAGCACUUAGAGAAGGAGAGCCUGGUGGAAAUAGAAGAUGAGAUGCUCUCCAGCAGCGAAUCCAAAGGGCAGGAAGGCGAUUCGAGCGAUCUGGAUGAAUCGGAGAACACGCUGAUCCUCUACAAGCUGCUGGAGUUCCAGAAGGUGAACGAGAUCCUCUACGAAGAGCUGAAGAAAGCGCGGAACGAGUACGAGCUGGCCACAGGUGCAAUUUCAUCCCUGCAAAGAGAGCUGUCUUUCGAGGAAUCCCAACUGCGGAAAGCCGACGUGGAAAAAGAAGCUUUGCGGAAGGAACUCGGGGAACGAGGCAAACAGCUGGAGGCCAUGUCGAAUAAGUUUUCCAACUUGCGGGAAGAGAGGAAACACGAAGAAAUGAUGGGCACCAUCGAGAGAGAGAAUUGCAAACUUCGACAGGAGGUGACCAAGCUGGAAGUCCAGCUGGCAGACAGAGACCAGGCCAUCCACACCUUACAAACCAACGUCCAGCAGCUUCAGUCCGAGUUACUGGUGAACAAGCACCACACCGGUAAGAAGAUGAGCAGCCAGAAUGAACUCCAGAAGCAGCUGGACAUUUUGCAACGGGCGGAGCAGCAGACGAGAGUCACCCUGGAGAGCGUCAGCGCCCGGUUCGAAAGGUUCCGCAGCAAAAUCAUCCAAGCCGCUUACAGCACCCCCGGCACCAAGUCCCCACAGGCGGAAAUCACCGAUGAGGAGGUUUUGGAGGCCUUGCAGAAAAUCAUCACCGACCGUCUCGAUUUCCAUCAAAUGCUGAAGCAGAAAGGCGUGAAGGUCCCGUCGCUCAGCUCCGAGCCUGCCCCACCACCGACUCAUAAGAAAAAAGGCGGAGGGAAAUAACCACCCCCCCUUUAAAAAAAAAAAAAACCUUCCCCUUGCCCCCCCAAAAAAAUCUCUUGAAUUCCUUAUUCUGCUCCUGAGCUGUUGCUUUUCCUGUCUCCAAUUAAACGAUGGCACUCGUGUUUUUUUUUCCUCCUUCCCUUGGCUUGUGCGCGAGUAUGAUUGUUAAUUGAAAUCAGUAGGAUUACUGGUUGAAGUGUUAGCUGUAUAAAGCCUUCGUCUGGCCACACCUGCAUCCAGUUCUGGUCCCCUGCAUUACAAGAAAGCAAUUGAGGCGUUGGAAAAAGUGGAGAGAAGAGCAACUAG